AUGGCAAAAAAAGGAAGGCAUAAAAAUAGAAGACCAUCAGUCCAACUCGCGGCGGUGGAUUCCGGGCCGAUCAAACUUGGAGCGUCAAAUUCUUCAGGCAAGAACUCAACUUCUAACCCUAACGUCGAAUCCCUCGACUGGAAAACAUGUACCGAAGAAGAACGGUUAGAGAAACUACUCCGGAAGAUAUUGUACGAUCUUUAUCUUCAAGCUCUGGCUAGGCUUAUUCGCGAGGGAUACGAUGAAGAUGUCGCUUUGAAUGGGUUAUUGGAAAGGGGAUAUUGUGUCGGUGAUCACGAUGACUGUUUGACUAAUGUUGUUCAAAAUUCUUUGCAAUUUUUAACCGGCAAAGAUGCUGUUGAAUCGGAAGAACAAGAUCGACCUCAACCGUUCCAGAAUCUUAAAUUUCUAGUGGAGUUCAAUCUGCAGUUUAUGGUGUAUAUUUUGCAAAAAUAUAGGCCUAAUAUGAAUAGAAUAUCUAUCCGUCGGCGUAUUCUUACGACUGAUUUGGAUUUGAAUCGAGCCAUUAUGAUGGAUAUCUAUGAUGGGACUUUUGACAUAGGAGAAAUGCUUAAUGGUUUGAAUCUUGACGAUGAAGAUGGUGAUAAAGAUGGGUUCUUGGCUCUUGAAAUCAGAGAAAUGCUUGAUAAUUUGAAUGUUCUUGAUGACUCUGUUUCUGAGGAUAUGAAGGAUGCAAUGAUUGCUAAUUUGCAGAAGCCCAUUGAUGAUCUUAAGCCGCUGCUUGAAGAAAGGAUAAGAUGGGCAGUUAAGAAGGCGGGAGAAGCGAAAAGAAAACAAACCUCCUCCAAAACGAAUGAUUUUCAGCUAUUUCGACAAUUCACAAAAGACAUGUUUUUGAAGAAGCAAUCUGAAUUAUUAUCUUUAGCCAAUGGAUUGGCUAAUGCGGAGAAAGCUAUAAAAAGUCUUGAGAUUGAGAAGGAAAAGAUUGAAGCAGAAAUAUCGGCAUUAAAGUUAAUAGAAUCGGAGACAAAGCAGAAAUGUUUGAAAGGUUCAAAGAAGUGGCGGAUGACGAACAUGGAGAAAGAGACAGUGAAGCUGCUAGAGGAGAUGGAAUUGAAGAAGAAGAUGAUAUCGAAAUGGGAGGUGUUAGAGCAACAAUUGGCUGAGAAUGAGGCAGCUAUAAUCCAGGCCGAGGUUGAAUUGGAUGAGUUUACAAAGAAAAGGAAGGCUACCAUUACAGAAAUUGACAAGGAUUAUCUCAUGGCCAUAGCUUGCCUAGAUAAUUGGAAACAAGAGUCAGAUGCGGAAUUAGACAAUUCGAUUAAGGAAUUAGACAAAUCUAUUCAUGAACGAUCUGAGUAA